UCGUACCUCUAACGACAGUUAAUUUGUGUGGUGAUUGUCUACGUUGUAAUAUCGACUCGAUACCGUCUUUGUUCAAACUAUCGCUCCGUAACCAAUUAAACAGACCAAAAAUGUCGAUCGUUCCGAUUUUCUUCCGUAACUGGUGGGAAGACGAAUGGGACCGUCCGCUGCGCACGUCGCGUGUCCUGGAUCAGCAUUUUGGCGGCGGUAUCAGCGGAGACGAUCUUCUGGGAGCAUUGGCCGGCAUCUCAGAUUCGCGCAAUCGUCGGCAGCUUUCCCAUCAUUAUCCUACCGGACGCUACAUUCGCCCGUGGCACAGCUCGUGCGUGGCCAACAAGCGGGAUAUCGGCUCGGCGGUGAACAUCACCAACGAUAAGUUCCAAAUCAAUCUGGACGUGCAGCAUUUCGCUC